AUGGCCCCAUCCUGGAGCUCCGUCGUGGAACAGAUUGCCGUAGUUUCCCAUUACGAACAGCAGCAGGACGACACUCGAUCCAGCCAGCCCCACAAUGAGCUCGUUCUGAUUCCAAGCCACGAACACACACAGCAUGCGCAUAACCCCGCGCCCCCUAUCGGCCGCAAGCCGCGUCCCGCCGUUCUGCUGAUUCCCGCAGUCCUUCCUCCGCCAGCCUCCCCUCUUCCGCUCCCGCCGGCCCCUCACCGGCGCCCCGACCAAAUACAGGCGCGCGCGCUGCAGCAGUCGGGGGCCCUGCAUGUGCGUCAGGAGGGACCGCCCAGGCGCGCGCGGCAGCUCAAGAUCUGGGAUCUGCAACCUGAGCUCCCGCCGGGCCCUCAUCUGCGCCAUGACCGCGCGCUUGAGCAACUCCGCAAUAUCCCGCCGGAGCUGCCGCCGGCCUCCCAACCGGACGCGGGAUUGCCCGAGGCGCCGCCUAGUGACGGCGCGUGCUGUGGCGGCGCGCCUGUGAGAAGCGGCUUGUGCUCCCCGAAUGGCGACGGGCUGUGCGGCGCCGUCCAUUGCGCUCGGUGCGACUUGCUCAGUCGGCCGAAGCGAUGGCCGUCGAUCGGCUUCCCCGUGCGGCGAUCCGAGCAACUUGCGCAGCAAGCGGAACAAGCGGCGCACCCCGCGCGGCGAAUCAACGUGUUAGCAGUACCUAGCUGCAGUUGCCCUGAGACUCGACCCGCGGGGAAAAUGGCCCCCGCAUACCCCACAGGUUCCGCUGAUCCGGUUAUCCCCGCAUAUCCCACAGUCUCCUCAGAGCCUCUCCGCCAGCAGCGGCCUUCAGUCCCGCAUGCUUUGCCCAUUGACGAGCCUGCGCUCUUCCGCGCGCGGACCGAUGAGUUUCCGCCGCCCCCGUGCGCCUUCACCUCUACUCCCGCGGACGUGCCUCUCGAAACGCCCCGCGCUUCCCGAAACAUGGCGGAACCAUGGGGCGGAAAGACGGAGCUGGCGCAGGCACUGGGCAGCAGAGGGCUAGCGGAAUCGGCGGGGGCUGCGCUCGUGGGGGGAGACUGGCGGAAGCUUCCUGCGCCUGGGUGGUACCGGCGGCGGGAUUGGGGGAUUGGGAACGAACGGAAUGCAAUCCGCGGGGUGUCUGUGCGCGCAUCGUCUGGAGCCGUUGCGCCGCUUCCUGUUCCCCCAACCGCGCAGCAUGCUGCCCCAAUGAUGAGCCAUGCUCCGCCCACAGGGGAGCGUGCUGUACAAAGCAGCAGGAGCUCUAUAACGCGGAUGCAAUCCGUCCCCACCGAGCCCGAGCGAACCGGUGACGAAUGCAGAGCAGUUGAAGCAGAUCCGCGCAGCAAAUCCCACCGCGCCACGUGUCUCCCCAUCAACGGUGAAGCCAUCCAGAUCCACGUGGCAUCUCUCUGGCUGACAGUACUGAGUCAGCUGGAUUUUCUGGGGGAGGUGUCUACUGCGUUCCUGGGGGAGCUUGUACCUGGUGGACGUAACAGGCAGGAGCGGGGGGAGGAGUGGAGCGGAGCGCAGGCAGGAAGCAGCAUUGACGGGCUGUCUCAUAACCAUGAGCGUGAGCAAGCCGUGGGGGCCGCAGCAGCACUUCUGACGGGGGGAAGCGAUUGGGAGAGACUGGCUAAUGCUGCUGUGGAUGGGCGAAGGGGUGGAGCUACUGCUACCGCUCGCCUGAUGGCUGACCCUCCCAUUCUCUCCCCGGACAUGCGCUGCUGUGAUUUCAGUGGCUUUAACGUGAGUGGCUUCAAUACGGGAGGCCCUACUGAUGCCGGCACGUGUGGCACUACUACCGUAGAUCUGGGAGAUCUCGCAUCUCCUCCCUUCAAUAUGGGUUCUCUUCAACCUCUCCCCAUGGCGUCCUCCUUGCACCUGGGGGAGGUGUUACCUGCAACGCCUCCUGGGCAAGGCACCACCACUAAGAACCGCACUGAACCAGGCCGACCGUACCUGCGUGUCCGAUCCACUCUAUCAGGCCAGAUGAACGACCAGGACACGUGUCGCAAGGGGACUGGCCACAGCCCUGCAUCCAUCCUGGAGCCCACACUUUCCCUGGGGUAUUGA